UUGAAGUUCAGCAGCGAGAAAGAGUUUAAGAUACCAAGAAUGAGUCAUAGAGUACAACUUCUUUUGGGUGCAUACCAUAUGACAUUUCCUUUGAAAAGUGUUGACAAAACGAUUGAGAUGAAAUCUGUUCCAUACGUAUGUUAUGGUAAUUGUUUAUACAUUGAGUCUAAAAUAGCUAAUGUCACAGGCAUUUCAGGAGUUAAUAGUAAAGGUUCAGUAGAAUAUAAAUCCUUCUGUUAUGCAGUCAAUUCAAUGUUCAUUCCAAACGUUCCUGUCAUAGCAACUCAUUUAGGUAAAUGGGUUCGCAUUAGUCCUCAUAAUUUGAAAGACAUGCAAUUCAGACUUGUUGACUUUCAAGGAGAGCCUGUAGAACUGAAGGCACCAGUGCGAAUGACUGUUGAAGUUGACUUUUUAGAAAAUAUUAAAUGCAACAGCUUACAAGAGAACUCAGAGCUAAAAAUAUAA